CUCGUGCUCAUAUUUGAUGCUUCGAAGGAUGCUGCGACUGGAAUCUGUUGACCAGUGAAAAGAUCCAGUUCCACCUGGUUAAACAAUGGUGAUGAAGUUGGGCGUGAUGACACGCGACGUCACGUGGACGGCGGGACGAACAAGGGAAAGUGCCCCUUCAUCUCUUCCUUCCGUCCAUUCUUCCUUCCAUGCGACGCAACCUGUCCAGCCUGGGGCCACUACUCUUCCUGCAGUACCAGCUCAUGAGGGGAAUGGGAACAUCUGACUGCUCCAAAAAAACAUGUCUGUCCUGCCAUAACAACCUGUGUACGCCGACGAGGGAAGUGUCCACAUUUACUGGAGACGAGGAAAGCGCCUUCAAAGGCUUGCAAUCACAUCUUGAGAGCAUGCUUGACCUCUCCGCCGAACUGUCCGAUUGCGAAUCAUCGAGUGAGGUUUGCGGUAUCUCCCUGCCCAGGUGGACAACCAAGUAUCCUCGAGGGAGGGACCUGCCCUUUCCAGACGUGUGAGACGGGGUGCGCCGAGUCGCAUAAUCACUGCGAUCGCCGCCUCCGGCUCGCAACCUCUUCGCCAGCUUCUAGAAUGUCUUUUUUAUCAAGCGAGGCUGGACUUGCCCCGCCAAACCCAAGGUCCUCGAAACCACCUGCAUCUAUUCGAUACAACGGCUGCGAGUCCGCGACGAGGCAUGCGCUAAUUCUUUGGUGAUCGGUGGCCGACCCCGAAUGGAACUUAGCUCGCCCCAUUGGUGUGUAUACAUAUGUACUGGAAAUGUACUGUACUUUAUAGGCCC